AUGGCUCGCGCUAUCAUGAACGCCGCCAAGUCGGCAUCCAAUGUUGUGUCUAUCAACCAGGCACUGAUUCUUUUUGCGCUGCAGAAAUACACCGUCCAGUCCACCGGUGUCUGGGAACGGAUUCGUCGCCUUUUCGCUGUCGACCCUAACCGCUCCACCGGUGUCCCCCUGAACGCUCAAUUCCGUCUCCCCGCUCCGGGAUCUGUGCCUCCUCUUUCCUACGACGAUCCCGUCACCAUCCCCGCCGGCGAUAUUGCCGACAACCCCUACUGGAAGCGUGAUGUUCGCCGAAACUACCCCCAGCUGAGCACUGUGAGCCAGGCCGAUGCGGUUGGACUUCUCACAGUCGGUAGCCAGGCUGCCCCUAAGGAUGAUGUCCUCAAGAUCGGACAGGCCGGAGAGCAGCAAUUGAUUGCUGUCAAGGAGCAAGGCGAGGAGCGCGGCCUCGCCGCUCUCUUCGAGCAAGAUAAGAAGAGCAUCCAGGGCGUCCUGGGUGCCAACGGCUUGCCUCCUAUGCCCUGCAACAUUAACACUACUCCCAAGCCCUCACAAUCUAAGUACGAGCUUGGUACCGAGAACGGCUACCCCGAGAAAUACACCUGCCGCACAUUUGUUUGA